CCAGACCCGCAUCGAGGUUUCAUCGAAGGUUCAUCGAAGUCUAGUCUCACCGAAGUUAUCAUCCGUAUAUCGCCCCUUCGUCCUUUUCCAUGGCGUCUGGCACUUGUGUACUUCCGUCGAUGCCUACGAGCACCUGAUUACACACUGCUUCCGGCUCGUCCCCCUCUUCCUGCCUUUUUAUGUUUCACUCUUUCGCUCUCUUUCUCUCUCCCAUCCAUCCUUCCUCCUCCCUCCCUCGAUACCCCUCUGUCUCUGCUCUGUCUCACACACACACACACACUCGGCCUUCCCUCCGUCUCCCUCGUGUCCCUGCUAACAAGCUCCUAGUUCACGCCAAACAAGUCGCCUUGUUCCUGGUCGUUUCCCUUUAUUUAUACACACGUAGAGCGGUCGCCGUAAAACUGCGAUUGUCUGCGAAUUGUUUCGGCGUAUCUGAUUGCUGCGGCUUGAUUGCAGUCGCAAUUGCCCAUUAAGCUUCGCUAUCGAAAAUGACUGGCUACUACAGCGAGGAAAAGGUGCACAGACAUUCUGAGCGCCAGCAUGGUCGGCGGUUCCGCAAGAUGGGAUUGGUCUACUUCGCCAUGCCAUUGAUCACAACGCUCAUGUGGACCAUUGGUCUGAUUGUGUUGCUUUGUCUGUGGAGAGUCCAAGACCGCUGGCACACCCCAGGGGAGCCAGACCCUGUGUACAUUAGCGACAUGGGUGCAUACACCAAGGGGUUUUUCGUCCCGAUGUGCGCCGUUACCGGCGGGUUCUUUCUGAUUACGAUGUUUGUGAUUCGUUUCGCACGACAUCGUCGUCUCUUGUACCCCGACCGCUACAUUGCAGAGCCCGUGCUGGGGUACACCAGCAUCUUUUUCGCGGCUUGUGCCUGUUCGUGCCUGAUCGGCCUGGCCGUUCGUGAUGACGUCCAUCACGACGACCAGCAUUGGAAGUUCACAGUGGCCUUCAUUGUGACGAUGUUUGUGUCGGCCGCUGCCAAUGUCAUGGAGUGGUUCAUCAUGCUGCACUUUUUCUCCUACAGCCGCUACAUCUGCUGGACGACCUGGACCAAGCUGGUGGUUCUCGUGCUCGGCAUCAUCUGCGCCAUUUGCUUUGGCGGUCUCAAGAGCCGCCAUCGCUCGCGGGCUGCUCGGUUCGAAUGGACGACGGCGUUCUUUUUGUCGCUUUUCUACGCAUGUCUGUGUGCUGAUCUGUCGCCCACAUGUAAGCCCGGUCGCUUUCCCAACUACAAAUUGCAGUCUGCCUACAAGCAGCGGAAUUCUGUGGCCACCGACAUUCUCCCGCAGCAUGACAUGCCGCCCCCAGCCGGCGAUGUCGAGGCUGGUUACGGCGAGAAUCUUGCCCGACCUGCCCCUCCGUUUGCCAGCAAUGAGCAAGAGGAGUCGAACGCAACCAGCUCCGGCCAGACUUCCUUUAUUUCGCUGCCUCCAGCCGCAGUUGCUCCUCAGGGCCGUGUGUCUGGGGAUGCGGCUUUCCCUGCCGCUCCCAGAGCCCCUGCUGCUGCUGCUGCCGCCGCUUCAGCGGCCGUUGCGACCGAGAUGCCCGCCGAACCCAGAGCUGUGCAGGUCGCAGCAUAGAAAAAAUGGUAGACACACGCGCGCCGGAUGUGUUCGGCAGGUGUGUCAUGUAACGGAUUACACACACCGGCAUUGAUUACGCCCAAGCAACAUACACUUACACCGAGUUUGUUGUGUCUGGUCCGUUCCAAGCCCUCUCUCUUGUCUUGCUAUAUAAGUGACAGGCACGUUUGUCCCCUCCCUUCUAAGGCUGCGUCCACUUUCUUGCAAGCAGUCCCUACAUUUUGAUUACUCUUAGUGGCGAUUCCUUUCACACUUGUUUCCUUUUCCCUUCCCCCUCUUCCCUAGCCUUCUCUACCUUCAAAACCGACUUUCCUUCAUCGAUGCUUGUUGUGAAAAAAAGGCGACGGCAUUCGUCCGCGCAAUUAUUCUUGCAAAAAAAACUGCCUCUAGAGCAGCGCAUCUUCCGUGCAGGACUACUCAUUGUAUAUUCAAGUGUCUUUUAAUAUUGGUCCUGCAAUGUCUUCUUCUUUUUUCUUUAUACAAUUUUUCUACAUUUUUUUUUCAUGCGUGUAUUUAUGAACGCACUUUUAUAAAGUUCAAUACAAUUGUUAUAACUAGUGAAAGCGGUAAAUGAACUGGGCUGAGCUGAGCUGUCAAUGAGGACGGCUUGCAGCUGG